UCACACAUUGCUAGUUAAACAUAGCUUGCAUCUUACUUCUCUUAGUCACUUGCAUUCUGAGUUUCUACCCUUCCAUUGCUGCUGAAACAUACGACCAAAACAGCUUAGAAACGUACAUUGUACAUGUGCAUGUGCCUGAAUCUUCUCAAGUCUUAGCAGAGUCAGGAGACAUGGAGUCCUGGUACAAUUCUUUUCUGCCAAAACCCACUGCAAACUCUGCUGAUUAUUCGUUGCGAAUGAUUCAUUCGUACCGCAAUGUGAUCACGGGAUUUGCAGCAAGAUUGUCUCCGUUAGAAGUGAGCCAAAUGGAGAAGAAGGAUGGAUUUGUCUCCGCAAGGCCUCAAAAGACUUACACUUUGCACACCACUCAUGCUCCCAGUUUCUUGGGCCUUCAUGAAAAUGUCGGAGCUUGGCAGAUUUCAAAUUAUGGGAAGGGUGUGAUUGUAGGAGUUAUAGACACCGGUAUCAGUCCAGGCCACCUGUCGUUCAGUGAUGAAGGCAUGCCCCCUCCGCCUGCUAAGUGGAAAGGGAAAUGCGAGUUAAAUGGGACAAUGUGCAAUAACAAGCUCAUCGGUGCCAGGAAUUUUGUGAGCCAUCUGUCUGGAUUGCCUCCUAUUGAUCAAGAAGGGCAUGGCACUCUCACUGCUAGCACGGCUGCUGGGAACUUUGUGUCGGGUGCCAACGUUCUUGGUAAUGCUAAUGGCACGGCAGCUGGAAUGGCCCCGCUUGCCCAUUUAGCUGUUUAUAAAGCCUGUUCUUUGGAUGUUUGUGGUGAAAGUGACAUAUUGGCGGCAAUGGAUGCUGCUGUGGAAGAUGGUGUGGAUGUGAUAUCUGCUUCGCUCGGUAGGGGCCCUAUAAAUUUCUCGGAAGACAGUGUUGCUAUAGCUGCGUUUGGUGCAAUUCAGAGGGGGAUUUUCGUGAGCUGCUCAGCGGAUAAUGGCGGUCCAAAUAGCUCUACGCUGGCUAACGAGUUCCCGUGGGUGCUAACAGUUGGUGCUAGCACUAUUGAUAGAAGCAUAAGGGCAAUAGCUGUUUUAGGGAAUGGUGAUGAGUUUGAUGGAGAAUCUCUUUUCCAGCCUAAAGAUUUCCAGCCAACAUUGUUGCCUUUGGUUGACCCUUCUGCGGGAGGUAAUGAAACGGUGGCCUAUUGUAUGCCUGGAUCCUUGAACGACACGGAUGUCAAGGGAAAGGUGGUGCUAUGUGUUGGAGGCGGAGGGGUUUCACGCAUUGUCAAAGGUCAAACGGUGAAGGAUGCUGGUGGUGCCGCCAUGAUUGUAUCCAAUGAUGCGGUGACAGCCUACGACAUUAAACCCGACGCACACGUCCUUCCAGCAGCACAUGUGAGUUAUGCUGCUGGGCAAAAUAUCAAAGCCUACAUAAAUUCAACAUCUACACCAACAGCAACCAUUAUAUUCAAAGGGACAGUAAUUGGCACAAAAAGUGCUCCAAUGGUUGCAUCUUUCUCCUCGAGAGGACCAAGUUUGUCGAGUCCCGGCAUCUUGAAGCCCGACAUCAUCGGCCCUGGUGUGAGCAUUCUUGCUGCACGUUACAUGUCCAUGGAUAACACAACAAACGACAGCACAAAUGCAAAUUUCAGUAUGGUCUCCGGCACCUCUAUUUCUUGCCCUCACCUUAGUGGCAUUGCUGCCUUGGUCAAAAGCGCACAUCCUGAUUGGUCCCCUGCCGCAAUAAAGUCUGCUCUUAUGACUUCUGCUACUCAAGCCAACCUCAACGGCAGCCUCAUUGCCGAUGAGAGGCUCCUCCCAGCCGACGUUUUCACUGUUGGUGCAGGCCAUGUCAAUCCACCAAAGGCAAUUGAUCCAGGCCUUGUCUACGAUAUCAGCCCUGAAGAUUACAUCUCAUAUUUGUGUGGUUUAGGCUACACGGAAAAGGAGAUAACAAUCAUCACAAAGCGCAUAAUCAGCUGUCGUGGCAGGGGUAUACCGGAGGCUCAACUGAACUACCCCUCCUUUUCUAUCCAACUCGGAAGGAAUGGUUCCACGUACACGCGGACAGCGACAAAUGUAGGGGCAGCAGAGUCGACUUAUUAUCUCAAAAUAGAAAGCAUUCCAGGUGUUGACAUAGUUGUCAAGCCCAGAGUGCUUAGUUUCACUGAAGUGAAUCAGAAAAUGACAUACCAGAUUUUCUUUAGCAGAUCAGCCGCUCCUGUUAAUGCUACUUAUGUGCAGGGAUCAAUUGCAUGGAUUUCUCCAAAGCACAUUGUUAGAAGCUCGAUAUCUGUUAAGUUCAUAUGAGGAAGAAAUGGAAGAGGAUCAACAAGUGAACUUUCAUUUAGCAUGGCAUUUGCAAUACCCUCAUCAUAUAAAUCACCGUUUCUUAUGUUGUUCACCUCUUUGGUUUAAGUAUCUCAAAAUGGGUUUUGUUGAUGUCAAGGAUAGUUCAUAAGCUUAUUGUUGGAUAAGCUUUGUUGGUGUAUGAAAUCUUUACAUGUAUACCUUGCCUGAUUUUCAUCACACGAAAUAGAUGA